UCCGCGCAGCUCAAGUUGAAGGCAGCUAAAUCUCCGCCGCGACACGACACGACACGUCACGUCACGUCACGUCACGUCACGGGGGGAAAGCUGAGCGGCGUUGUCCAAAAAGCACAGACGAUGCGUCGCUCCAACAACGCAUGAACCGCACGAGUCGCGCGCGCCUCAGAGGUAUCAGUGAACGACAGCGAAAGGUAUACAAGCGGCGCACCAGGGGACGAGAUCAUGCACUGCCAAGCCGAGCUGAGGCUCUCCUCCCCCGGGCAACUCAAGGCUGCCCGGCGGCGCUACAAGACGUUCAUGAUUGACGAGAUCCUGUCCAAGGAGACGUGUGAUUACUUUGAGAAGCUGUCUCUGUAUUCCGUGUGCCCGUCGCUCGUCGUGCGGCCGAAGCCUCUCCAUUCAUGCUCGGGCUCCUCGUCACUACGGGCCUACCCUCUCCUCUCCGUGAUCACGCGGCAGCCCCCCAACCUGCCCCUCCACCUCCCUCAGACGCCGUCCCCGGUCGGAGUCCCCCCGCACAUGCUCUCCCCGCAGCAUCCGCGGGGCUCCGAGCCCUCGCCCAGCCAGACGCCCCUCAGCAUCAGCAGCGAGUCGGAAACGGAGCACGGCGGCGCCCGCCUGAAGAAGCCGCGCCGCAGCCGCACCAUCUUCACCGAGUUGCAGCUGAUGGGCCUCGAGAAGAAGUUCCAGAAGCAGAAGUACCUGUCCACACCUGAUCGGUUAGACCUGGCCCAGUCACUUGGCCUCACACAGCUCCAGGUGAAGACAUGGUACCAAAACAGGCGUAUGAAGUGGAAGAAAAUGGUGCUCAAAGGAGGUCAUGAGGCCCCGACCAAGCCCAAGGGAAGACCCAAGAAGAACUCCAUCCCCACCACGGAGGAAAUAGAGGCCGAAGAGCAACGAAUGAAGGCGGAGGAAGAGGAUCGGAUGAGGAGGGCGACAAAGGAAGCGGCGCUGGCUCGCGGAGGAGAGGCGUCUCAGCUGGAACCUCAGGAUCUCAGCUCAGUAACUCACGAUCCGGCCGCGGCGAUGGAGGAAUCCGAGCGAGAGCUGCCGCCUCUGAUGCAGUCGGAGACUCAUCCAGCCAGCUAAGCGAGAACAAAAAUAACCAAAGACUGAUGCCUACCUGAAAACAAUUAGUGCCUCAGGAUCACUGUAAAAAGCCUGUGUGGCGUUUAGAGAGAAUUUGACUGGAAAACAUAUUGCUGGAAUCCAAUCGUUACCUAACGCAGCCUUUUUUUUUGGUGUUGAUUUCCUCGUGUAUUCGAUAAUGUACCACAGCGAGGGCUAAAAUGCCUAUACACACUGAUUGCACUGGUGAAUAUGUGGCCUGUAUUUGAGCAGGACCCUGGUAUAAGGAGUGUAAAUCUGUCAAACGUAAGGUCAGGUGAGUCGAAGCGAGACUCGCAUCGCUGCACCCCCUUAUUGUGCGAACAUGAACGAUCAAAUGCGCCGCCGGUCCGCCGAGCUGCCUCACAACGUGCAUGUGCCAAAGUAUCAAUAUUUGCCUUACUGUAGUGUCUCUAUGUUUCUAUGUACUAUAAAUCACUUCACUGCCAACAACUAGAUACUAUUCAAUGGCCACAGUGCCUUGGUCGGUCUCAGAGGAAAAAAAGCUUUUAAAGUGUUGAUAUAAUAAGUAUAUUUUUUACAGUAAAACCUUUUUGAUUACAAGUUCCAUUUUUGGAGACAGAGUUGUAAAGUUUUGAAGAGCACCUCUAUGUUUACUGUGGAGUUCCUCUGCACUGCUUUAAGGCGCAAAUGUUUCAUUAUAUGGUGAGUAAAGCUUUCGUUUUUUUAUUUUUUCAAUCUGAAAAAAAAGAGAAGAAAAAAACAAUAUUUCUGCCAAGCCAUACACUGUAUCAUACUGUAGAAAUGUGUAUAAAGUUUAAAAUAUAUGUUCUUUCAGAUAUAUAUGUAAAACAGUAUUUUUAACUGCUGUUUUAGAUUGGAUUAAAAUAGUUUGUAUGUGUAAUGUUACUGCUGUCCCUGAUCUUUUUACUCCUUUCAUGGGAGUCAGGAGGACUCUACUUUCUGCCACGAGGCCACUGAGACUCUUAACCUGUCAGAGGUUCUCAAAGGGCAUAAAUCAUAGCCUGUGCCAAAAGAUGUGCGGCGAAUGCUGAACAUUUAAAAUCUCAGACCUAUUCCGCCUGCAGGCGUUGCAUGAGUACCCCAAACAGUUAAACUCACAUUAACAUAACUGCCUGAAACUGACUUCUUCCAACUUCUCCCGUCUUCUCCAUCCCCCCCCCACCCCCGCAAAGAAUUGUGAUUAAAGAGUUUCACUUUUUUUGAAUUACACCAAACGAUUUAUUUUUAUUUGUUAUUGUGUCCAUAUAUUAAAAAAAAGUGCAGUAUUUUUCUGAUGUAAAUAAUGUUUGUUUGCUAAGUUUGUUUGCAGUUUUUUUUAAGUUUGUGUACAAUCCUUUCUACCAUGUACAAGUGUGUGUUUACGUAUUUAAAUACACUGAA